AUGAUGAAUGGAACCACUUUACAACCAAAAUCGGAACAUAAGGAGUUGCCCUCCAUCAAGAAUCUUUUUCCAGCUCUGGAUGUGAAUAGCACGGCUCCUCGAAGCCAGAACGUUCCUGAAAAUGGAUUCAUCGUUCCGAUGAUUGGAUACCCCACAGCCGAGGUGCGGUUGGAAGCGGAAUUGAACAAGUUCACACAGAUUAGUUCCGAGAUCCAACAGAUUUUGGAUAGUUCCAAGAGUCUUCGAAGUGUGCCGCGUGAGCUUUUGGAGGCGGGAAAUGCGCAGAUCGACCUUUUACGUUCCUUGUACCAGUCUCUGCUGCGGACACACGACGAGGAGGUUGCACGAGUCCCUGUUUUCCAGCGUCCAUCGGGUGGCUCUUCAUUACAAUACACGUUUCAGCCGGCUGCUCCCGCGAGCGCAGGCGUUGCUCCAUUGCCGCUUCUCUCGUCUCCGUCUUCGUUUGGCAACAUGGAGGAACAGGCCGCUCGCACGCUCUCUUCAAUGAUCGAUAUUUCUCCGACUCAUCGCCACCAGCGCACUCCCUCCACCGAGGAGCGGUCGUCCACCCCGCCGGUGUCUCCCAGCUCGUUUUCGGUGCGCAAGCUCAAGAUGAAAAAGUCUCCUUCUGGUGGAAACAAUGUGACGGCCCAGGUUUUACUCGAGGCCCGCGUGGAUAACGGCAAUCUGGCGGAGCUUCUCACCAACGAGUGUUUACACUGCCAGUCCAAAGAAACCCCAGAAUGGAGACGCGGACCGGAAGGAGAGCGCACGUUGUGCAAUGCAUGCGGUCUAUUUUACGCCAAGCUCUGCAAAAAAUACGGCGAGGACAAAGCCAAGGAUAUUAUGAAGGAACGAAAGACAAAAGGAAGCGAAACGGACAGGCGAGUUAGUGUUGGAUUUUAG